UCGCUUUCUGAUUUGCUCUCCUCCCUUUAUAUAUAUGCAUCGAUGUUAUAUAUAUCCGUUCCCCAUUUCCCCAUACAUAUCUCUACAUACAUCUUUAACCGCGUUUGGCGUGGAGACGGAUCACAGGGAAAACCGCCCAGAUCCAGCCAUCUGCAAGUGCAGGGGGUACGAGCAAACCCAAGGGGUCAAGACCCGGCACACCACACCACCACGCUGUACAGUACAUUUCUCUGAGCACAUGAAGUCAUCCAGCCUCACACUCUGCAAUCCCCCCUCGAGCUCUCUCCACGACUAUGCGACAGCAUCGAUAGCCCUCCUGCUUGCACCGCCCUUCCUCUCCAUCUCGUCUCGCAAAUGGCAGACUCCUCCGACCUGCCUGUGCUGACGAUCCUGCUCCUGCUGACCGCCUGUCUGGUGUCGCUCUUCGUCCUCGGCCAGAUCGCCUCCACGUACACGACAGCGUACCUCGCGGCCCCCAGCGAGAUCACGACCUUCAUCGACGCGGUCGACUUCUCCAUCCAGGAGAACGAGUCCUACGACCGCGAUGUCGCCAAGGUCGCGCGGCUCGAGGACAAGCUGCGUAUGGGCCGCCUGCUCAGGGAGAUCCAGAAGUGCGGCGACGACCUGAGAGAGGAUCUCAAUGGGCUCCUGAUUGAUGAGGGCGGCACAAGACUCCGCUCCAGCACGAGGCUGUUGUGGGCAGCCAAGAGGAAGCGCCUGGAGGAGAGGAUGCGAAGGCUGGACCUACUACGAAUGCGCUUCUUGGUUGUCUACAUGGGCCUGAUUGCCGCAAAGGGCACGACAGAACACGCGCCAGCGCGGGAUCCAGAGAAGAACGACGCGCCCAAGACGCAAUUGCGCCCGAGCCUGCCUCACGCCUUGACCGAGGGCAUCACGAGAAAGCCCCCCCUUCGUCGCCUCGCGACCCAGGCCAUGGGCCAUAACGACCAGGUGGGAGGCAUCCAGAAGUUGGGCUGGGCAGGAGUCGUUGCGGAGUUGCAGAAUUCGCCCCUGAUGCACAAGAGACAUGCCUCGAUCGAGACAUCUAUGGCCAACCCUCGCACCGCCUGAGUCAGCCCUGCCCCUAUCCAUGCCGUCCCUCAGGAGCAAAAGGCUCCAAGACCAAUCUCCCGACUCAUGUCCAGCCUCAACACUAUGCUCUUGGCUGCUGAAGAACCCAGACACCACCCCUCUCUCUAAUCAUUCGUCACGAAUUCCCUACUUCAUGUUUAUUUGACGAACGAACGGCCUUCACGACACGACUCCAUGCCCGUUACGCCCCUCACGCCCGCACCCCACCAUUUUCCCCAAACCGACCCGCCCCUCCCAUCUGCCCCAGCUCCGGUCCAGAUGAGAAGAGAAAGACGAUGAUCGCUAUUGCAGCAUGUAUGCGAUAUGGGAGUUCUCUGCUGGUUGUUUCUUCCAAGACGUUUGGACUUUUAUUUAUUUCUUUGAAUUUUCAAGAUACCCCCCCUUUUGUUCGCGUACAUACUUCUUUUUCCCUCCUUUUUUUGAUC